AUGUCUAGAGUCUAUGGGAUGGCUAAUGAUAGUGAAACAAGUCUGCUACAUCCCUUCUCGGGUGUAGAGAUCGAGUUGCCCCAUCCAAACACUACCAAAAAUUAUGAAGACCAUGAGGUAGGCUAUCCGUGGACUUUUUUUCACAAAGCAGUUUUAUCAGCUAGUCCUUCUCAUACAUCGAACUACAUUCUCGCUGUGAUUGACGGGAAUAUGAAAUUCUUCAGUUUUUGGAGGCCAGGAGAUUUGAGAUGGACAAGAAUUGACAAUGUAAACUCUCCCUAUAAACAUAUACAUCGUGAUCUGGUCUAUUAUACUGAAAAAUUUUAUGCAGUUGAUUGGAGUGGCCGUGUGUUAGUCUAUGAUGUUACUGGUUCUAGUCCCACUCACUCUCAAAUAAUAGCCAUCUUACCACCCCAUCACAAGGGAGACGAGUUCUAUAUCCUAGAAUCAAUGGGGUCAUUAUUUGUAGUUGUGCGCUACGGUGUAAAAAGUAGGGCACCUAUCAGAGAAGAUAGUAGCAGGAUUUCAUUAACACCAAUAUAUGAAGAUGAUAACGAUGGUGAAACUUAUGGGACAACAAGUUUUGGAGUUUUUGAGGUCGAUUUAGCCGCUGGAAGAUUGAGGGAAACCAAGGAAGUAGGGGACAGAGCUCUUUUUCUGGGUGCUAAUGCAUCUAUCUCAGUACAGGCUUCUCAUUUUCCAGGGGUCAAGCCCAACCAUAUUUAUUAUACUGAUGAUUUUGUGGAAUCAUACCUCUCCUAUGAAGAAGGGGGUGGCAUGGAUAUGGGUGUUUAUAACAUAGCAAAUUGCAGCUUUGAGCCUCACUACAACGGUGUUUCUCUCAGUCGUGUUUGUCCACCGAUUUGGGUCACUCCAACUCUGUAUUGA